UGAUCCUCACACAUGCGAUGGGAGCGAGUGCGCAGACAGCGUCCAAGCUCCAUCUAUCCCUGUGUUUUGUAGAUCAGCGACAGAGGAGGCACUUGCCCGCACAUAUGUGAACGGCACCCCGGUGUAUUUGGAUGCAAAGUCAGCCCACAGACUGACAGCUCGGUGCUCGAAAUGUCACGUCUUUUUUUCCUGGAGAUAAAGCCUGUUUGAGAACGAUGGAGCACCGGACAGCUGGCUGAGCAGCACGGACAGAGAGCUGUUUUAUUUUAUUAUUAUUUGGGUUGCCGACCUGGAUGAUUACCACUCUUACUCGGAUGCAACCACACGCCCAUGCGACGAUGUCGGUGGAUGUUGCUGCCCUCAGUGUCCAGGUUAGGUUACAGUAAAUGCUAAUUGUUUACGUAUUAAAAUUAAGCUGUUUGGGGCGGAAGACGCACGCAAGGACUGGAUACCUACAACAUUUUACGCGCGUAAUAACCCAUGUUAUUAUAAGCAUUAUUACUAAGGGUGUCGAUCUGCUGGUUUAGAUAAAUAUGGAGCGUUAUUCCACCUCGUCCACUCGGAUCAGACAUACUGUAAUACUGCAAUGCCUCCAUGCAAACCUUCGUUGAUAAUAUUUUCCACUUUGUUGAUGGUCUUUGAUGGACAUUUUUCACGCGUCCUCUUGAGGCAUCAGGAUAAUGAGAAAUGCUGGCAUCUCUGUACUGUCUCCACUGAAGAAGAGUUUCCUUUCUAACCGAGGACUCGUCAUCAUCACAAAUGUAGCCCAGCAGAGGCGACUGAACCAGGCCGCUGCUCAGAGACGGAGGCGGGUUUGUUGUGCUCAGACUUGGCUGGAUGCUGAACAUGGUGCCACUUUACAGCUCUGUAUUGAAUACCUGCCGCCCAGCCGUCGGUUUGUUUCUCUAAUUCCCCAGCAGCUGUCUUAAAAUGGACGAGGCCCUUUUGAUAAAGGCCAUUCAGGAACGUUGAACCGGCUCAUGCAUGUAGGAUUUAAGUAAGCCUGGACCGGCUUGUCGGGAUGUAGGGCGAAUAUAUCCGCGGAUAUUUCCACACACACAGUAUAGACGCGAAAACAGCCCGUGUUCAUGGAGAUGGCUGGCGGGGGAGGUGCAUCUAAACCGGGCUGGAUGAGACAUAAUGAGGACCACUACUCAGAGGAUUUUAGUCAGCACCAAAACAAACAGCGGUUUUUAUUAUCUGCAGCCUAAAUACUCGUAUUCAUUAUAAUACAUCAAUAAGUUGUGGUUUUAUUAUUACCUCUGAGUGUCUCUGUAGCUCCCAGAGUCAAGACACUGGUUCUCAAUGGGCUGAUAUUAACUACAGAGGAGGUUAUGUAGCCUGUUAUUAGGGCAGAAGAUAGAUAUAAAUCAUGAUCUUAGAUAAACAGCAAUGUAGGUAACUGUUAUUAAUACGUUUUUAAUCUCUGGAUUUAAUUUCACAACUCACUCACUGGUGAGGAAGUCUCUCUAAAGGAUUUCAUUAGACCUAGAUAAACAAACACUCACGUCUCCUUGUGUAGUCGGUGGCAGCUUUCUAAGAGACAUAAUUGUGGAAACAGUCAGUCAGUUUUGUGGUGACCUGAUGUACAUUGUCCCUGAAUGAACUUGCCUUUGGGAAUACAUGUUACUUACACACUGCAUAGCAACAGCACAGCAGCAACCGGUGACAGGAUUUGGCACAGUUUCAACAGCGAGAUGUGGUGGUGGUGAUGGGGGAGAGAAGUUGCAGCUCUCUGAUCCUCUGAUCCCCUCUCCCUCCCGCUGGUGGUUGAGGACCCCUCGUCUCUGUCAAUGGGCCCUGUAUGGAUUUUGUGCCUGAGUUGACAGAGGGCAGACCUACAGUGUCAAGAAGGAGUCAGGCUGCCAUGAACCCAUACGGCAGAGCGAGCAGCACAGCAGCCCCCCUGUCCUGCACCAGCUGUGGGGGCUGCUGCUCCCCACCUCCCCCUUGUCUAAUCCCACUCGGGCCUCCCUCUUCUACUACCUCCUCCUCUUCUUCCAUGCCCCCAAAUAUGACCCCCCCACCGCCAAUGUUUCCGGCCCCAGUCGUGCAGGUGGAGAAUGGUAGCAGCUGGAACUCCUCCACCAUCUCCUCCUCCGGCUCGCCAGACUCCCACCCUGGUCACUGCUGUGGGGCCAAUAACCCCAACCCCUACUGGACAGCGGUGUUUGACUAUGAGGCCACAGCAGAUGAGGAGUUAACCCUGCGGCGCGGGGACCUUCUUGAGGUUCUUUCCAAAGACUCCAAAGUGUCUGGGGACGAGGGUUGGUGGACAGGCAAGAUCCAGGACAAGGUGGGUAUCUUCCCUAGCAACUACGUCACAAAGGGGGAUGCUGCCAGCUACCAGCAGCUGACCGCAGGAGGGCUUGUGGCAGGCGGUGUGGGUGAUUGCCCCUUGGAGAUAGACUUCUCAGAACUAGUCCUGGAGGAGGUGAUUGGAGCUGGUGGGUUUGGGAAGGUGUACAAAGGAAUAUGGCGGAGAGAAGAAGUAGCAGUAAAGGCUGCUAGGCAAGACCCUGAUGAGGAUAUUAGUGCCACAGCAGAGAGCGUGCGACAGGAGGCCAGGCUGUUCUGGAUGCUCAGGCACCCCAACAUAAUCUCCCUCCGUGGGGUCUGCCUUCGGGAGCCCAACUUGUGCUUGGUGAUGGAGUACGCCAGAGGCGGAGCUUUGAAUCGAGCUCUUGCUGGAAAGAAGGUUCCUCCAAGGGUUCUGGUGAACUGGGCAGUGCAGAUAGCUACAGGGAUGGACUACCUGCACAACCAAGCAUUUGUACCUAUCAUCCACAGAGACCUCAAGUCCAGCAAUAUCCUCAUCCUGGAGCCGGUGGAGCGGGACGACUUGAUCGGGAAAACCCUGAAGAUCACAGACUUUGGUCUGGCCAGAGAAUGGCACCAGACCACCAAGAUGAGUGCAGCGGGGACGUACGCCUGGAUGGCCCCAGAGGUCAUCAAGCUCUCCCUCUUCUCCAAGAGCAGCGACGUUUGGAGUUUUGGCGUGUUGCUGUGGGAGCUGCUGACCGGCGAGGUUCCCUACAGGGAGAUAGACGCUCUGGCUGUAGCGUACGGCGUUGCCAUGAACAAGCUUACACUCCCCAUCCCGUCAACGUGCCCUGAACCUUUUGCUCAGCUGCUGGGAGAGUGCUGGAGCCCAAACCCUCGCAGCAGACCUUCCUUCACCAGCAUCCUGAGGCGACUGCUGGCCAUCGAGCAGUCGGCCAUGUUUCAGAUGCCUCUGGAGUCCUUUCACUCGCUACAAGAAGACUGGCGGCUGGAGAUCCAGCAGAUGUUCGACGAGCUCAGGGCCAAAGAGAAGGAGCUGAGAUCUUGGGAGGAGGCUCUGGCUCGAGCAGCUGAGGAGCAGAGGGAGCAGGAGGAGCAGCUGAGAAGGAGAGAACAGGAGCUGGCGGAGAGGGAGAUCGACAUCGUGGAGCGAGAGCUGAACAUCAUCAUCCACCAGGUGUACCAGGAGAAACCCAGCGUGAAGAAGAGGAAAGGCCACUUCAAGAAGAGCCGACUGCUGAAGCUCGGCAGGGACAGUAACUGCAUCAGUCUGCCCUCUGGCUUUGAGCAUAAGAUCACAGUCCAGGCCUCACCCAGCGUGGACAAGAGGAAGGGCAGCGAGAGCACCACCCCCCCUGCCAGCCCGGGAGUCAUACCCCGACUGAGAGCCAUAAGAUUGACACCGAGCGACGGCAGUAAAACGUGGGGCCGCAGCGCUGUGUGUAAGAAGGAGGACCUGUCGACCAGCAAGAAGAAAGGACGAACCUGGGGACCAAGCUCCACCCACCAGAAAGAGAGGGUCGGCGGGGAGGAAAAACUGAAAUCCCUGGGCGAAGGCUGCAAAGUUUGGUCAUCCAGUGCACCAAAUCUGGGCAAGUCCCCUAAACAUGCACCGAUGACUGCUGGCUUCUCCAGCCUCAACGAAAUGGAGGAGUGCUGUGAGUUUGAGGAGUCACCAGGGUCCUUACUGCCCUCAGAGACCAGCAGUAACGGGGCUGUGGAGGACUCGGGGUCCCUGUGGGGGAGCUUGGGGCCCAACACGUUAUCGGCUGUUGGUAGCUCCUGUCAGGGGUUGGGGGCGAGCUACCAGGACUCGCUCCGUCGCUGCAGCCAGAGGAAGAAGAGUGACAUGUUGUUGCUGGGUUGUGCCUCUCUGCUCGCGUCUGUCGCCCUCGGACAAGACCUGCUGCAGCUCGGAAAACUACAGGUGCUACAAGAUGAGCAUGACCUCAGAGAGGAGCAGCGUAAGAAGAAGGAGGGUCUCUUCCAGCGGACGGGACGUUUCCGUCGCAGCACCUCUCCGCCCAGCCGAAACCUCUCCCUCUCCCUCUCCAGACAUCACGACACAGCACUCCCCUGCAUGGACCCUUCUCCUUCUGUUACACUCCUCUCUUUGUCUUCACUGUCUGACUGCAACUCCACUAAAUCCCUUCUUCCCUCCGAUCCGGACGAGUACCCCCUGACACCGGGGAUCAAAACGCCGCUGGCACCACCGGCUCCUGCCCUCAACCCGCUCUUGGACCUGCGGGCAGAGAGCUUCAAGAAGGAGCCCAAUCAGUCGCUCACACCCACCCACGUGUCUGCAGCCAUGGCCCUGAACAGAGGACACAGGCGGACCCCUUCGGACGGGGCGAUUCGACCUCGAGCUCAAACUCUGGGACACCACAGGACACCGUCGGACGGAAGCAUGCCCAUGCCUCCUCCACCGGGAGUACCUCAGAAAACUGUAAACAAAGGUACACAGGAAACCCUGGAGAUCCCCCGCCUCCCUGAGCCCUCCGCCAUCUUCCCAGUUCCCCAUCGGCGUAAAGCCCCCGCUCCGCCGAUCCCUGACAUGGAUCCUCUCUGCCUCAUCAGCCCUUUGGAGAGACCCAAGACACUGGAAUUCGCCCCCCGGCCACGGCCCACCCCGGCCAGGAUGAGAGCCGACCCUUGGAAGCUGGGCUCUCUCUCCCGGACCCUCAGCUCGUCGCCGGGCAGCAGCUGUGACAGCCCGCUCGGUUCGGGCGACAGCAGCGCCAGCACCACACGGCCCAACCUGAUGGACAUGGACGUGGAGGGCCAGAGUUUGGACCACACUGUUCCUCUGUGUGGACAGCGGAAGCCUGCCACUCUUUGUGGACAACAAUACUCGUAGUGAACAUUUCCAAGUCUGCUUUUUAGCAUUCGGACCUGAUCCAGGACGUUAGAGCUUGGGCUGAAUAAAGAAUGCCUACUGAUGUCUGAGCCGAGGAAAGUGCACUCACUGAAAGUUUGCAGAAACAUCUCGUCAUGUUUUAGGCACUUAGUGGAAGCUAUUCCUCUCAUGUGUCCUUUUAGUGUCCUAAUAAGGUGUGAAAUCCCAAACAGCAAGCCUUCCCCUGAUAGUGCUCUCUAGCUUGCACGACUCUGAGGGUCCGAGAGGCCUUUUUAAAAGCCUUGUAGUGUGCUCACCCACCUACCUUAUCCAACACUUCUUCCCCUCCUUGGAAGCCAUCUCUACCUGCUUCUUAGUUCCCCAUGAACAGGUUCCCUCAAGAUCUUCGAAAGCCAUUCAAGUACUUUAAAAAAAAAAAGCCACUUUUUGACGUUGCUAUCUGUUCAUUUCAGCUCACCUGCCUGUGCUUUCGCCUGUCUGUGUAGCUGCUUGCAUCUCUCACUCCAAAGAUUCACGUUUCACCAAAACAUUCAUCGUUUCACGGACAAAACGAAGAGCUGGACUGUUUAAAAAAAAAUCCUCACUAGAAGAGUGUCUUUGUUCUUAUUUUGCACGCUGUUUGUUUGUUUGUUUGUUCUGCCGGUGCACAAACAUCUCCCCAUAAAACCUUCGUCUUCAGCUCUGCCUUCAUCCUCACACGUGUCAUCAUCUCACUGCACGGGGGUCAUCGUCGCCUCUCCCCUCCAAGACUGAGACAGGAAAAAGCCUUUUUCUCACUGCACUGGUGGACUGGGUAUAUCCUCAGCCUUGUACAGUUAACAAAAAAAAAAACAGAGUUUAUUUUCUCAGUGCAUCCCGACCUGUUAGCAAAAAUGUUUUUCUAUUGGUUUGGCAGACCAGGUGUGUUUCUCUUUGUGUGAAUGUGUAUAUAUUACCGUACAUGUGUGGAAGAACAAAAUGUUUUUUUGUUUUUUUUGUGUGUGCUGGUGCUUUUUUCAGUGCAUGUUCUUUUACGUGCAGCACUUCUUCAAAAUAAGACCACUGGUUGCAAAACUCACUUUUUUUUUGUUGUUGUCAUUGCUGUUGUUGACACAAACAUUCCUCACUAGCAGUCAGUAGCACUCUGUACGGACCCCAUUCAUGCCACUCAAAUGGACACGAAAGGUCUUCUCUGAUCUGUGGUACGUUUAGGAGCCAUGUUGUGCAACUAGUCGGUCUCUGCGUGGACUCUAUUCAAUGGCUGACAAAUCAACUUUUAUCUGCAGAGUUGAAUCUCGCACAGCGGACGUUUCCUCUUGGCUGCAGGUGGUAUUUACUUGACAGUGCAAAUUUCUCUAAGUGAGUGUGUGUGUGUGUGUGUGUGUGUGUGAGAGGCGCGAGUGUGAAUAUGCGUGUGCGUGCGUGUGUGUUAUUAUUUGUAUGGGAUAACGACAAUCCCAUCGGUAGAAGAGUGAGCCUAUACUCAUUCUCCUCGUGUGGUUAAGAACACUGAGUAUUUAUUAAAUUUAUUGUUAUUAUUGGAAAGGUUUAAUUAUUAUUAUUAUUAUUACGAUGCUCUUCCUGGGAUAUCUGUAUAUAUUUGUUAAUAUAACAGGAAAAAAACAGAGGAGAAACCCCCUUCUAGGAAACUGCUUACUGAAACGUCCAUGUUGUCUCCAGCCUCAACCUGUGACAUUUCUGGGUUCAGUGAGGAAAAAGUGUGAAAUGUGAUGAAUGAGAGACAAAUAAAAAAAA